AUGGCAGAACAUAACCAAGAUUGGCACUUAGAAGACUCCAUGGGUGGAAUUGCAUAUGGUACUCCUUCAUUGACCAACAUGAUUAAGGAGAACCAAGAAAGAGAUCAAAUAUGCAACCCUUGUCAAAUGAGGAUUACAAAGAAGCAAAUUAUGUCAACAACUCUCAAGGUGGUUAACAAAGACUACCCUACCAAGGUUCAGGACAACAAAACUAGCGGAGGUCUAACCCGCAAGGGCAAGGCCAUCAACAGUGUUGAGGCACAAGUUGAGGUGCCAAUUGCUGUUGAAGCUGAAAGACUCCCAAAGGAAGUAAAAGUUCAAGAAGUGAACCGUGAAGAGGUUAAGGAAAAGGUAAAAGAGACACCAAAAGCUCUAGCACCAAUUCCUAGGCCUCCUCCUCCUUUCCCUCAUAUACUUGCUAGGAGGGUUGAUGAUAGCAAACUCGAGAAGUUCUAUGACAUUCUCAAGCAAUUAUUGGUGAACAUUCCAUUUGUGGAAGCAUUUCAACAGAUGUCGGGUUUUGCUAUAUACUUGAGAGACUUGAUCACUAAAAAUAAAAUCACCAAGAAUGAAGUGGUGAAUGUGGCUCACCGGGUUAGUUAUAUCAUUGCAACAACCACUGUCCAAAUGAAGGAGGACCCGGGAGCCUUCACCAUUCCAUGCACUAUCGAGUUGUGA